CCGAACAAAGCCUAAGCUACCUUAGGUACCUAGGUAUCUAUUGCACCGCUCUACAUUUGCAUGAACAUCAUGGCUGGAGAAAUCAUAUGCAAGAUUUCUCUGGAGACUAUCGUAAAAACUAAAUCACUGGAUAUUACAGAAAGUGCUACCCCCUGCCGGUACCGCCUCCUCAGCUGCAACGACUUCAUCGAGCAUAAGCAGGUGACCGUUCUCGAAUUUGAUGAUUUUCCACAAGUCCCGUAUACGGCCUUGUCGUAUGUCUGGAAGGGCAACACUCUCGAUGCGGAUUGUGCCGAUCCAGUAUUCAAUGUACCCGUCCCGGAGGGACAGGAGCCAGGCGACGACAUUGGGGUUGAAGUGCUGCGAGAGACAUGCGUGGCGUCCACAGCCCGAGGCAUCAACCAUCUCUGGAUCGAUCGUCUGUGUGUCAUGCAAAUGAGCAAGGAGGAUAAGAAAUGGCAGAUACCUCGAAUGCACGAUAUUUAUCGCCGUUGUCAAAUAUGCAUCGUCGCGCCUGGGGGCCUCCAGCGCCUUGUUCGCCUCGACGAAGUGACCCAAUGGAUCCACCGGGGCUGGACACUACAGGAGGCCGUGGCGCCUCCAGCCGUUUUCGUCUUAUUUUCUUGGAGAUCAGGCUCGCGCAGAGCCCAUGCGGGCGAUACGCAAGGGAAUAUCGACGAAGUUACUCCGGCUAGGUCUGCAACGACGCCCCUGUCACUCAUCAUCGAUGCGUGCACUGCCGGAAUGUUGUCCAUUGAAAACGGCGAGAAGCGCUUGAUGCUGGAAGUCAAGCUGUUCAGCUCACAUCCCGCCGAUCGGUCCUACAGGGACUUCCCGUUCUGGAACGUAACUCGGCGAAUCCUUUCCCCUAAUGUUGGUGCUCUCGCCCGUAUCAUGUCGCCGGAUCUCGACCGAGACAUGAAGGACUACUCAAUCUGGCAGAGCGCGCUUAUGCGCACUUCAUCACGGCCCGUUGACAUGGUCUUCAGUAUUAUGGGGCUCUUUGGCGUUACGCUGGAUACAUCACAAUUCGGCAAAAACGACCGUGUGCAAGCCACCAUAGCGCUUGCGCAGGCUAUCAUGGAAAAGGGAGGGCAAGCCACCUGGCUCGCAGCUGCUUUCCGUGUUCAGCCAUCACGACAAAUCUCAACCUUCCCCAUAUUCCCUCGUACUUCCGUGUCUGGGAAAGCAUAUGUAAAAGUAAGCGAUGAGAAAGGAAUGCAGGAGGUGUCAUUGUUGAUAGAAAAUGACUAUCCUGUUGCAGAUGCUCUCGUCCCGCUGCCUAAAGGCUCAAUGGAUCAGGACGGAUAUCUUAAAUUCUCCUCCAAGGCUAUCCCUAUCCGGCCUCAUCUAUCGGACCCUGCAGAGACCUCUCCUGACUCCGCCAGGCCGACUUAUUUCCAAGCUGUUAACCAGUCGUGGUGGGAGGUAGAAGAAGAUAACAUUGUUAACAUGCAAGGGGAAACAUUCGCAGUGCUCAUAGGCUUCUUCGUAGGAUAUUAUCCCGGGAGCACCCCCGCCGUCAACGACAACACCAUUCGCGCCGCAGUCAUUAAAAAGCACGCGGUAGAUAGAUUUCACGUACAGACAUACCUGGGGCUUAGCCACAAAGCCCGGGCCUGGGUUAGAACGUGGCCCGAGCGGAUAUUCUGUGUUGGGGGGCCGGAAGUGGAUGCUGUCGAGGACCUUGGAGAAGAACUGCCGGUAAUAUCUAAUCCGAAAGAGCAGUAUCUAAACAAUCCCCAAAGUUCGCAGCCUAGCGGUGUCGUGCCUUUGGAAGAUAUGCUGUCGCGUCGUGCUCGAUGGGCUAUGUCGCAGAAGGUAUUGGAACAGCAUGUGAAACCGAGAUGAUUUUUUUUUUCUCAUGUUAUAUGAUUUGUUCUUUUUGACUAGUGGCACUUCCUUGGGUGGCGAUAUUAUCACACGGGCUUUUCAGAUGAACUUUGCGUUACGCGUUUAACUUUAAUAUAUAAGCCUCAAUGAUCGUAGGUAUUCCUAUCGCCCUUAUUUUUGAAACAUCACACUAUUCUACUC